AAUGUUUCCUAACGAACGAAUACCAACUGUCAGCGAAUUUUUAAAUGAAAAACUAGAUUCGUAUAUGAAUCGCGAAAGGAGAGAGAAGAAAUUCGAUCCGGACGGAGUAUACAGACAAAAGUCAAGAUUGGAACCGUUUGAAUUGGCCUGUAAAGUUAUUAAAACAAAAUUAGUUGAUGGAGGAGUAACACUCCCUAGGUCGAAAUCUCGUCGUUCAAAAUCACCAAAGAGAUCAAGAAUUGUCAAUCCACUUUUAAUCGAUAAUUCAAGAAGAGUCGUGAGUAGAGGAGAAGCGAGAAGACUUAUUGAAACCGCUAACAAAAUAUAUGAGGCAACUUCGCUAGAGAAAGUCGAGAAAAUUCACAGGUACAGACCGGAUCGAAGCAUUCCGGAUUAUGUGGAAUAUGGCAGAGUUCAGAAUUAUACAAAGCACGUUGGCUCUAUACUGAACAGCUCAUACUAUAUAAAGUAUUACUUGGAUGAAGGAUUAGAUAGUUCCGAUAAGGGUAUUGCUGUUAGGUUGCAAAACAUGAAAAUACGAAGGAAAAAGCGUGAACAAAAAGCAUUACCACAUUAUAAUCCUUUUCAACCUACGACGACUGUAAAACCUGAAAAAUCGGUUACUUUCGAAGAUCAAGCAAAAAAGACACCACGAGCGGUUACUCCAACAUUCGUUCCCCAGCCCCUUGACUCCGAUUCGGAUCAUGACGUUUGGGAGAGAAAUUCUAUAGAGUGUGAAGUUCAACAAGAAUUGGAACAACCGGUGAAAGUCAGAAAAAUCCGUUUGGGAAAGCGUAAUGAAAAUGAAAGUCAAAAGAUAGGAGAAAUCAAUGAUUCAAACAGUGUACAUACUUAUGCAUCAGUUGAGCAUACAAUAGGAAACUAA